AUGGUAAGGCAUCUAGCUAGAACUGGCUCCGACCAUCGACCUCUUCUUGUUAAAAGCUAUAAUAGCCAACAUGGGAUCAAAUAUUUUGAAUUCCUUGAUUUUUGGUCAGAUGAACCAGAUUUCUUGCAGUUGGUAGAAGAAGUAUGGCGCACUCAGAUUACUGGAAAUCCUAUGUGGAAGCUACAACAGAAAUUGAAGCUCUUAAGUAGGAAGCUUACCUACUGGUCUAAAGAAGUCAUUGGUAAUAUUUUCGAUCAAGUCAACAUCUGGGAAGUAAACAUGCAAGAACUGGAUGAACUUGACCUUCUCAACAAUAAUACUCAAUCCAGAGAAGAGUUGAACAAAGGGCAUGCCGAGUAUAUCAGGUGGCUAGGAAUGCAAGACACCUUGCUGAAACAGAAAGCUAAAAUCAGAUUGUUUGAGGAUGGAGACUCCAAUGGCACUUAUUUUUAUAGUGUGAUCAGAGAUAGGACAAGAAAACUUCAGCUUCAUCGAAUUAAGAAAUAUAGAGACAACUGGAUCCAAGGGGAAGAUAACAUUGCUAAAGCUGCGGACAAUGCCAACCUUAGUACCAUACCUGAAUAUGAGGAGAUCAAGGAAGCUGUGUUUAGAAUGAGUUCUUCUAGCUCAGCAGGGCCAGAUGGCUACAAUGGGACCUUUUAUCACAAAUGUUGGAAUAUUAUCAAAGAUGAUGUGCAGGAUUUUGUCCAGAAUUUUAGAAGGCUUACCAAAGUUUAUUCACAUACUUGUUUGGUUCUUAUACCAAAAGUGGAAUCGCCUAUGGUUUUCUCUGACCUCAGGCCAAUUAGUCUGAGUAAUUUCUCCUGCAAAAUUGUUUCUAAAAUUCUAUCUAGAAGGCUCAACCCCUUGCUUAACAAGAUCAUAUCUGAGUAUCAAAGCGGCUUCAUCAAAGGGAGAAUUAUUACUGAAAAUGUUCUGCUUGCUCAAGAGAUUGUCUAG